GAAGAUGGCCUUCCGCAAGGCCUACUCCAUCAAGGACAAGCUGCAGGCCAUCGAGCGCGUCAAGGGCGGCGAGCGGCAGGCCAGUGUGUGCCGCGACUUCGGCGUGCCCGGUGGGACGCUGCGCGGCUGGCUCAAGGACGAGCCCAAGCUGCGCUGGUUCCUGGAGCAGCUGGGCGGCGAGGUGGGCACUCAGCGCAAGAAGAUGCGGCUGGCCAACGAGGAGGAGAUCGACCGCUCCGUGUACGCCUGGUUCCUGGCACUGCGCCAGCACGGGGUGCCGCUGUCUGGGCCGCUCAUCCAGGCGCAGGCCGAGGCCUUCGCGCGCCAAAUCUACGGGCCCGAGUGCACCUUCAAGGCCAGCCACGGCUGGUUCUGGCGCUGGCAGAAGCGCCACGGCAUCUCCAGCCAGCGCUUCUACGGCGAGGCCGGGCCCCUCGCCCCGGGCCCCGCGCCCGGCCCGCCAGUCAAGGAGGAGCCCGCGCUGCCCUCUGGCGCCGGCCCCCUGCCCGACCGCGCCCCGGCCCCGCCGCCCCCCGCCGAGGGCGGCUACGGCGACGAGCAGAUCUACAACGCCAACGUCACAGGCCUCUACUGGAAGCUGCUUCCGGAGCAGGCUGCGCCCCCGGGCGCAGGGGACCCUGGAGCAGGGGGCUGCGGCCGGCGAUGGCGGGGCGACCGCGUAACGGUGCUGCUGGCCGCCAACCUGACCGGCAGCCACAAGCUGAAGCCGCUGGUCAUCGGGCGGCUGCCGGACCCGCCCAGCCUGCGCCACCACAACCAGGACAAGUUCCCGGCCUCCUACCGCUACAGCCCCGACGCCUGGCUCAGCCGUCCGCUGCUGCGGGGCUGGUUCUUUGAGGAAUUUGUCCCGGGCGUCAAACGCUACCUGCGCCGAAGCUGCCUGCAGCAGAAGGCCGUGCUGCUAGUGGCCCACCCACCCUGCCCAAGCCCAGCUGCCAGUAUGCCCGCCCUGGAGGACAGCGAGGAUGCCCCCGUGCGGUGCAGGCCGGAGCCCCUCGGCUCCCCGGAGGAGCUGCAGACACCGGAUGGCGCUGUGCGGGUGCUGUUCCUUUCCAAAGGCAGCAGCCGGGCACACAUUCCCGCACCGCUGGAGCAGGGCGUGGUGGCCGCCUUCAAGCAGCUGUACAAGCGCGAGCUGCUACGGUUGGCUGUGUCCUGCGCCAGCGGCUCCCCGCUGGACUUCAUGCGCAGCUUCAUGCUCAAGGACAUGCUCUACCUGGCCGGCCUCUCCUGGGACCUGGUGCAGGCGGGCAGCAUUGAGCGCUGCUGGCUGCUGGGCCUGAGGGCCGCCUUCGAGCCCCGGCCGGGCCAGGACAGUGCUGGGCAGCCGGCCCAGGCCGAGGAAGCUGCCGAGCACAGCAGAGUGCUCAGUGACCUCACUCACCUGGCAGCUCUGGCCUACAAGUGCCUGGCUCCCGAGGAGGUUGCAGAGUGGCUGCAUCUGGACGAUGAUGGGGGUCCGCCCGAGGGCUGCCGGGAGGAGGUGGGCCCAGCCCUGCCCCCUGCAGCCCCUCCGGCCCCAGCCAGCCUGCCUUCUGCCAUUGGGGGAGGAGAGGAGGAGGAGGAGGCCACAGAGUAUGGAGGGGCCUCAGUGCCCACUGCCGGGGAGGCCGUGCGCGGGCUAGAGACAGCUCUGCGGUGGCUGGAGAGCCAGGACCCCAGAGAGGUGGGGCCACUGAGGCUGGUGCAGCUGCGCUCACUCAUCAGCAUGGCCCGGAGGCUGGGGGGCAUCGGGCAUACCCCAGCAGGCCCUUAUGACGGUGUGUGACCAGGCCAGCCCGGUGACCUUUCUCCUGCUGCAUUUGGAGGGAGGGGACACACACAGUCUCCCAUCUCCCCUCCCCCGGGGUGGCCCACCCCAUGGGUACAGGGGGUUCCAGGAAUCCAAGUCCAGCCUGGCUUGGAGGAGCUCUGUUGGUGAGAGGUUGCCCUGCCUCACUGGCACCCCAGUCUCCUGGGGGCCCAGCUGGAAGAGGCCCGGCCCAUUCUCCUCUCAGGGCAGGCACAUAUGCGGGGCAUACAAGGCACAGCACCUGUCGGAACAGGUGACUGUGUUCCCGCUCUGGCCCCCGUGGGGCUGGGCCUCCACCCCUGCACCAGUCGAAUGCACUGGAUGAGGGCUGACACCCCUGUCUGCUGUCGAGCCCUGGUGCUACGUGGCCCCAGAGCCACAGCGCAAUCAUCUCAGUGGCAAAGCACACCACUUGGUUCUAUUUUUUUUUAAACACAUUAAAUCUGUUUUUAAAGAUA